AUUAUGAUCAUUUUAAAAGUAGGUACUCCAUCUUUCUCCUGGGUUUCUGGUGUAUAUACUUUAACCUGCCGUGGGACGCUAGUUGGUACCGGUGUAUCUUGUUUACCGUUUCGUCUAGAAAUGGGGCUGAGAAGAGAAACCACAUGACCACCCAAUUUUCGCUGCUAUAAUAUUUCGAUGUAUUGGCCUUCAACCAAUGGUGUAAAAUGGCAGGGAAGUAUGCCUCGCCCGAAGAGUUCUUGAAAUACGUCAAAACAAGAAGCCCAGGAGAGGACGAAUUUCACCAGGCAGUGGAAGAAGUAGUUUGCUCAUUGUGGGAUUUUCUUCAAGAAAAUCCCAAAUACAAUGAACAUAACAUCCUGGAAAGGUUGGUCGAGCCAGAGAGAGUGGUAAUCUUUCGAGUUCCUUGGAGAGAUGACAAAGGUAACAUUCAUGUGAACCGUGGGUACCGAGUACAGUUCAACUCCGCCAUUGGCCCUUACAAAGGCGGUCUUCGAUUCCAUCCAUCAGUCAAUUUAGGAAUUUUAAAAUUCUUAGGAUUUGAGCAAAUCCUGAAGAACAGUCUUACAACUCUUCCUAUGGGUGGAGGAAAAGGUGGCUCUGACUUUGAUCCUAAGGGAAAAACCGACAGCGAAGUGAUGAGCUUCUGCCAGUCUUUCAUGACCGAGCUCCAAAGGCACGUGGGCCCAAACACGGAUGUCCCUGCUGGGGACAUUGGCGUAGGGGGGCGAGAGAUAGGGUACAUGUUUGGGCAGUACAAACGGAUUCGAAACGAGUUUACUGGCGUGCUGACCGGGAAAGGAAUUCCGUGGGGAGGGAGCCUACUGAGGCCGGAAGCCACUGGCUAUGGUCUUCUGUACUUUGUUCAAGAGAUGCUUGUUUCUAAAGGCGACAGCAUCCAAGGCAAGUUGGUGGCCAUCUCUGGCUCUGGAAACGUCGCCCAGUACGCGUGCGAGAAAGCAACUGCACUUGGUGCCAAGGUUAUAACCUUGUCAGACUCAGCGGGAACCAUUCAUGAUCCAGACGGCAUCACACCAGAGAAGUUGGUGUAUGUACUGGAGCUGAAGAAUGUCAAACGUGGUCGGAUUAGCGAGUACGCUAAAACUUACAGCGUGACUUACUUGGAAGGAAAGAAGCCCUGGGGUGUUAAAUGCGAUGUGGCUCUUCCGUGUGCCACACAAAACGAAGUCAGCAAAGAAGACGCCGAGGAACUGGUCAAGAACGGAUGCAUAUGCGUGGCUGAAGGUGCUAACAUGCCAACACAGCCCGAAGCGGUGAGAGUGUUACAGAAAAACAAGGUGCUGUUCGGUCCAGGGAAGGCAUCGAACGCCGGAGGCGUGGCAGUGUCCGGUUUGGAGAUGACCCAAAAUAGCCUUAGAAGUGCUUGGACGAGAGAAGAGGUGGACGCCAAAUUGCAUUACAUUAUGAAGCAAGUCAACCUACAGUGUGUGGAGUACGGCACUGGGCCAGAUGGAUCCGUGGAUUACGUGAAAGGAGCAAACAUCGGUGGAUUUGUGAAAGUGGCUCAGGCAAUGAUCGAUGAAGGACUGGUUUGAGAAACUUCAACACCAUUGUGGUAUUUCAUUCUUCUUUACAUUCUCUCGAUUCGACUGUGACGUUUCAAACCUGAAAUAUCUUACAUUCGAUAACGUUUCUAAGUACAUCGUUAGUAGUUUUUUCUUUUCGACGUUCUUCCACAUGAUGAUUCACUUUAUGAUUUAAGGUUAUUUGAAUUUAUUUAGUUUUAUGAAAUGGUAUUUUAAGUAUGAGAAGGUUUCGAAUUAUGAAAUGGACUAAGGACAAGGAUCAGAUGAAUGCUGCGUGGAGCUGUCAUUCAAAAUUUCAGUUAGGCUGGGUUUUUUCGUUCCAAUUUGUUUUCAGGGCGACCUUUAAUGGAAGUGGGUAAUGUUGUAUUAUGAUUAAGAAACCGGAUGCGAAUAAAAUCAGUCAUUCUAAAUCUUU